AUGGGGAAGUCUCAAUUUGAUUUUGAAAAGGGUGUAAACUUGGCACUUGACCCAAAUUUGUUGUCUUUGCCGUCGAAGAAAUCGCCUUCUUCACCCAAUGCUGCCGAUCAACAAAAGGAACCUAUUGUACCGCCAGCUACCGCCCAAGAAAUUAACGAACUAGUCAGCAAUCCGUAUGAAAUAUAUGGUAAAAUGCCAUUAGCGCAAUUGGUCCCGUUAAUAUUGCAACAAAAACAGAUUCCCUUCUCAGAACUAUCUCAAGAUUACAUAUUAAAGGAAACAAGUGAAAAAGUUAUGGAUAGUAAUGAUGCAAUGGAUAAUGAACCUCAAUUACCUGACAAUUCCAAGUCCAAUUUUUCAACAAUGGACGCUUCAGAAUCUUACGAGACAAUAAGAAGCAAGAUGAUUGACCAUAUCAAUGUUGCGAUGAAUGAAUCUUCUUUAGCUUUAGAAACAGUGUCUUUAUUAUUGUCUGGUGUUAGAGAAAAUAAUGCCAAGAGUUCAAUAUCACCAUAUUUGAAGAGAAAUGUACCUAUGGGCUCAUUGAAUAGUGACCGCAUACCGAUAAAUAAUAGUAAUAACGUUAAGAAAACGAAUGAAAAGAUAAAAUUCUCAUUUGGUUGGAAAUUGAAAUGUCUUGAUGAUUCUAAAUUGAUGUUAAAGAAAAAUGUGGAUAAACUUUUUGAAAUUGUACGAAGAGAAAAUAAGUACUGGCAAAUGAUAUCACAAGUUAUUGUAAAUACUGAUGUGAUUUUCAAAUUAAGAGAUAAACUCAGUGGCGAAAGGUUGAUAGGUAUAAAAUAUGGUUUCGAAGAUUCAGGUUCAAACUAUCAUCUAGAUAGGGGUAUCGCUGUCUUGAAAAACAAUACAGAAUUGAAUCAAUUAGAAUUGAUUCCUUAUUACAAUAAUAAGAAUUUUUCGAUUCACGAUUCGAAUAUUAGAAUUGGAUACACUUUCAUAAGAAUAAGGAUCUUUACCAAAAUUGAAAGUGAAGAUGAUUUUAUUUUGAGUGGUGAAUCUUCCAUUACAAAUAAUGAUUCUACAAAUAUUCGAGACCAGAUUAAAAAAUUUAAAGACAUUAUCUUUGAAAAAGAAUUAAUGUAUCAAUUGAAGAAAGAGAGUUCGCAAUUGAUCUCAUAUGGUGUCAAGAUUGAAAACGAAAACAAGAUAAUGAUUGAACUACCUAAUGAAAAAAUCGAAAUUGAACUUUUACAAGUGGAUGAUCUUUCCACUGUAAUGAAUGAACAGGACAAUCCCAAGAUUAAUGAUAAGAGGGCUAAUUUGAUACUUAUAACUUUGAGAUUACUAUUAGUAGUGAUUUUCAAGAAGAAUUUAAGGAGAAGGUCAACCACAAAUAGCAUUAGCAAUCACAAUGGAUCCUACAGUGAAGACAUAUUGUUAAUCAGACCGAUAUUGGGCAAAUUAAGACAUCAAAAUUACAAAAUUCUUUUAAAAAAGAUAAUAAAGCAAAAUAUAUUAGACAUAAUUGAGAGCUCUCAAUGCCAAGAAAUCAAAAUUACAAGAAAACCAAAUAAUGAUACCACAAGGACUGUUGAUAAACAUAUCGACAAACUGAAUAAAGAUAUCGCUUCCUUCGACAAUUUAAUAAAUACACCUGUAUCUCAUUUUGAAGUAUCAUUGCCUGAUAGAAAGGAUUCAUUCAAGCUUGUAUUAGAAUCUCCAAACUACUGCAAUGCCAUCAUAUCCGUGAAAUAUAAAGAUCCAUUAAACGACAACAGGGCGUUUGAUGCCAAGUUCACGGAACUAAAAGAAGUGGAGGAGUUCCUCUACUUCAUCAUCACUGAGUAUAUCCUCAAGAAGGAAACUGAAGAGCACAUACCAAUCAAACAAGAACAUUAG